AUGGAAAUGUUGGUCUGUUACUUCUUGCUUGCUGCCGGAAUAACACAAGCAGGUAACACCAGACUCUGUCGUGAGUCCUGUUCUUGUUUAUUCUUUGUUGGAUUGUUUACUUAGUAAUUAACUCUUUGAUUUGUCAUUGUUAUAUGUUCGUUCGUCGUUCUCUUCGUUUGUUUACUAUGAUCACAUAUGGUUCAGACAUAUAACAAACAAAUUGCCAGAACUUGAGUGUUUGAUGAAAGGUGUUAUGGUGAAAUACUUCGCCACUUGUGAACCACUGAAGUUCAUAGACAUUACCUGCAAAAACGGCUUGAAUGAUUAAAGGUUUUGGAAGCUUCGUCUAGAUAUUUCAAAAAAAAAAAAACUUUCCGAAGCUCAUAACCUGUAUUAAUCCCUCCAGCAUGACCCCUGUCAUCCCCUCCUUGAUGUCAUAAUAAAUGCUUGGUGCUGGACUAAUCUCUUUGCAGAUGUAUUCAAUGUAUUAAUAAUUUCCUAAUCAAUACCAAAAAUUCAUGUUUAUCUCUAUUACAUAUUUUUCAACUCAGAACCGAGUCCGCAAAUUUUCAAACCGCUUAAUGGUCUUGUAAAGAUCAAAGGCGAAGGAAAGAUUGAUAACGGCAAGACAGCGUUAAGUCUCAACAUAAAAAUAAUUGGGAACGGCGGCGCUGGUGGCAUUGGUAAAGGAGCACAGCAACGUCCCGGACCUCCAACACCAACAACAGGUAAAAGCUAAAGAUUACAAAGAGUCCUUAUUUUACGUUGAUAACUCGAUGUAGUCUUCUGACUAACAAACCGGAGGCCGAAGAUUCAGGAAAGAAGACCGGAUUUGAGGUCAAAUCUAGGAAUUGAACUCGAAACUCCCGCGCAGUUGGCGGCGAACUAAAUUAACUGCGCUAAUCUUUUCUCCUUCAAAACCAAGAACAUAAAGGCCAACCUUAUUGCCACCACCGGCAACCACAGCCACUGAAAUGCCCAACUUUAAACCCACCAGCACGUUGCCAAAACCAUCAACUGAACAACUAGGAACACAGCCACCACAGCCACAUAGUUGCUUAGCUUUAGACCGUAAUGCUGCUUCCACCUGAGAGGAAAACACCAAGAGAAGUGGGUUGUCCUCCGGGAGGUAGUUGCAAUAUAAUAACACUUACUGUAAGAAAGCUUCCUUUUACAAUGUUCUCUUGCAAACAAAUGACAGUACUUAAUAGCGACAACUGUAAAACGUCUCUUCUUGCGCAAUUUACUUGUCAAAUAAAAACAGAGGGGCUCAAGGCCAGCAAAAGGAGAUUCAGCAGAAGAUAGUAAACACUUGGAGUCCCUAUAAAUCCUUGAAUACCGAAUAGUAAAACAAAACUGGAUAACAUCAGAAAGGUUAAAUACGGAAACAGUUUCGGAACCACUUGAAAAUUUGUUGCAGUUUUUCUUUCUUUCCUUUUUUUUUUUGUUUUAUUCUUUCUGUUUUAUUAUCAUAGAUAUAUCUCCAGUAUUUAUGAAGGAUAGGCUACGGCCAUAGGGGCGUUGAAAAAUGGCAUUUCCUCAUUGACGAUUGACGUCCUCUCCUAGGCACUAACAUCCUCAUCUGCAUAAUCUUAACGAGUGAUUCCUCAUCCCUCCUAGGGUUUUCCGUAGAAGAUGAGUCAGCCUUAGCAGAACAUAACAAAUUCCGCAAAAUUCACCUAUCUCCCGAGAUGACAUUAGACAAGAAGAUGUGUGACGAAGCCAAAGCUUACGCAAGGAAGCUGGCCAAUCUUCGAAUGAUGAUACAUUCAUCUGACUUAAAGGACCAAGGAGAAAACUUAUCCUAUGGUUGUUGUAUGGGAUGUGACAAAGCGCGAACUGUGGAGGAGGCAGUGAAGGGCUGGUGAGAGUUUGCGUGAGGAAAUAAAUCAUUUUAUUAUUCAUUCAAAAUAUUUUCCUGAUUCUGAUUGGCUAAAAGCACAUGCAUAAUUCACCAUAACCAGCUACUUGUAAUGUACCAGGAAUUUGUAUAUCAAAACACAGAGAACUCAACACCAUUUAACUUUAAGUCUGUAAGCACAUGGCAAGAAGGGCCUAAUGAACAUGUACGAAGCGCAUAAGGAUUCAUGGGAUAUGACAAAUGCCCCCUCUUGAAGCAAAGGAAGGAAAAACUGAACCUCAUAAAAAUACAGAGUAAUGCACUGAUAGGGACAAGUCCUAAAGUCACGUGAACACUUAAGUUUACUAAAGACUAGUAGAACCUCUGAGGCGUUUUACGCUCUCUGAGAGGGUUGCUCAGGCGCUGAUGCUUGAAGCUCAGUCAAGCUGAGUCCCAUUAUCUGUUACCAGAUGCUCAGGUAAACCAAAGUAACUAAAAAUGUGUCUCAAAGCAGUAAUAGCGUUGGUGCUGGUGGCAUGAGUCAUGGGUACUAUCUCCAAAACUUUGGAAUAAGCAUCCACCACGACCAAAAACAUCUUGCCAAGAUAAGGCCCAGCAAAAUCUAAAUGUAAUCGUUUCCAUGGUCCUCCUGGUCAGGACCAUGAAGCAGCUGGGGCGCGCGGGUGCUGACGAUUUAGCAGAUUCUUGACAAGCAGGACAUAGUUUAGGUCAGGAACAAAACAUGGUUAGGAACUGUGUAGCGCUAAUAAGUUGAUUACAAUUAAAAUUUGUCUUUGUGUUCUUAGCGCUAAAAUGUUUGAAAAUCCAUAGUUUAACUGUCUCCUCAAUUUGCUUAUCAAGGCCAGGUCACCAACAGUACUUUCGAGCUAAUUGUUUCAUUUUAACCAUACCCAGGUGUUCUGCAUGCAAAUCGGCCAAUAAGAAAGCCUGUAGUGACUCUGGUACAACGACUCGCGAGUUCCACAGGAGGAUACCAUCUUCAUGAGAGAGUUCAAGCCUUUUGCUGUAGUAAUGUUGGAAAACUGGUUCCAGAUUAUUUCGCCAACCCUGCUGAGUAAACUGUAACACCAUUCCAAGAACUGGGUCUCUCAUGAUUUCCAUAGCAACUACGGACGCAUUUAAAAACUGAUCUUCUUCGAUAAACAUCACGUUUACAGUUACCUGUUCUACAGCAGACUGCUUGUAUUUAAUAGGCUUCCUAGACAAAAAAUCCGCAAACACAUUGUCUUUGCCCCUUAUGAAUCAAUUGUAUGGUCAUAAGCAGCAAAAGUAGUGCCCAUCUUUUGAUCCUUGCUGCUGCCAACAGGAGUACGGACUUUUGUUCCCCAAGUAAAGUAAUAAAAGGUUUAUGAUCUGUUAGAAGUUUGAAGUGUCUACCUAACAGGUACUGGCGAUAUUUGGUCACGCCAAAAACAACAGCUAAUGACUCGCGUUCAAUUUGGGAUUAAUUUUGUUCUGCAUUGUUCAGUACCCUCGAUGCAUAGGCAACAGGUUGUAAUACACCAUCUGGUCCAGGUUGCAACAAUGCAGCUCCCAGAACCACUGGAGAAGCGUCACAUUGUAGAAUUAAUUCGGCCAUAGCAUCAUAGUGGCGUAAAACCGAAUCAGAGCACAGAGCAGCCUUGAUGUUAUCAAAAGCGUCCUGUUCCAUUUUUGACCAACUCCAUGGUACCUCCUUACGAAGUAAUCCGUACAAAGGUGAAGCCAACUUUGCAAAAUCCGGCACAAAUUUACGUAGAAAAUUGGCUGAUCCAAGAAAUGACUGUAAUUCAGAAACAUUUGUUGGAGGUGCUGCAUCCUUUAUUGCCUGCACUUUCUCACCAGUAAGUGAAAUCCCCGCAGCAGAAAUGGUAGUACCAAGAUAUUCUACUUUAUCCAGCAUGAAAAAGAAUUUAUCAGGGUUAAGCUUAAGACCGCAGUCCUGUAAUCGUGUUAGUACUCGAUGAAGGUUUUCCAGAUGGACUUUAUCUGAUUAUCCGGAAAUAUGGAUGUCAUCAAAUAGGACACAGCAGCCUGGAAGGUCUUUAAGGACAUAUUCAAGAGUGCGUUGGAAGAUUGACACAGCACUACUCACUCCAAACGCCAGGCGCUUGUAUUGGUAUAAGCACAAAAGAGUGCUAAUUGUGGUGUAUUUCUACUUUCUGGUGUAAGCUCUAGUUGAUGGUAUGCUUGAGAAAGGUCAAUCUUAGUGAAUUUUUUUACCCCGAUAAUGUACUCAGUUGUUCCUCCAGAGUUGGUAUGGGGUAAUGUUCUAGGACUGAAAAUUUGUUGAUGGUGACAGAGUAGUCCCCACAAAUUCUCAGAUCUCCAUUUGCUUUAAUAAUAGGGACUGUUGCUGAUGCGCACUCGGAAUGCUCUACUUUCUCAAUGAUAUCCUCUGCCACCAAUUUCUCCAAGGCCUUUUCGUACUUACACCAAAUUGCAAAUGGUACUACUCGUGCUUUGGUAAACACAGGGCUUUCAUCACUUACUCGCAGUGACACUUAGAUUCCUUUAAGUUUACCUUCUGAACUAGUGGCAAAAAAAUCCGAGUACUGUUGAACUAUAUCCUGCAGCUGCAACACUAAAAAUGUUCUGCCAAGGUAAUGUAAACUUGGACCUCAUAUCCCGCCCCAGUAGUGAUGGUCCCUGAACUACACGAAUUAACACUGGCAGGUUACCCACCUGGUCUCUAACUUUGACAUCCAUCUCCUUCUCACCAAGACACUGGAUAAUGUCCUCAGUAUAGCUUUUCAAAAGCACUGUAGGGGGUCUGAGUGUAGUUACUUGUCCUCCUAUUUUGGUAAAAUCAGCAGAACUCAACAAUGUCACAGAACUGCCCGUAUCAACUUCUAUAGGGAAUCAUGGUCUUCAGUUGUAACUCUAAGUUUGUAUAAGGGCGGUGUAAUUAACGAAUUUCCAGAAGAUUUCACACUUUUCAUAUAAACUGUACAAGAAGGGACUAAAUUCUCGUGCUCCUCCUUGGUACAUGUUCCUGAUGUUGGAGCAGCUAAUACUUGGUGAGUGGUGUUGUUACCACCAAAUUCUUUCUUUUUCUUGAAGCAUGCCUUAGCCAGAUGCCCAGGCUUCCCACAGUAAUUACAUGUAGAUUCGACAUGACUGCACUUGUCAGCCAAAUGUUGUGGAGAGGCACACCGAAAACAAUGCUUCCCUCCCAUUUUUGACUUAGGAUCUGUUUGCCUUUGGCUUUGUUGAGCAGGAAAAGAUUUCUUGUGAACAGCUUUUACAGGCAGAAUUCCAGCACCGGAAGUGUCGGAGUUGCCCUGGAGUAACUUGGGCUUGAUGGAAUGUCCUACAUUCUGAAAAUAGUUUCUUUUUAGUAGUCUGACUUCUCACUCCCCCAACAAAUUGAUCUCUGAGGGCACUCGUAAGAUAAGGACCAAAAUUGCAGUUCACAGCUAAGCGUUUUAGCUUGUUGCAUACUCCGCUACGCUUUCAGUUUCACUUUGUACAUUGUGAUGGAAGCGGUAGGUCUCUGCAACUUCAAGUACCUUAGGUUUGUAUUAGUCUUUCAGAAUUUGUGUAAGCUGAUCGUAAGUUUUAUCAGCGGGUAAAUCAGGAAGACAAAGACCUUUGACCGUACUGUAAGCGAUCAAAGUGCCAAAUUGCUGUGUAGUCAUCGCUAGCACUUUAAUUCUUUAUCCUCGUCGCCAGUUUGUAAUGUACCAGGAAUUUGUAUAUCAAAACACCGAAAACUCAACAACAUCUAAUUUCGAGUCUGCAAGCACAUGGCAAGAAGGACCUAAUGCACAUGUACGAAGCGCAUAAGGAUUCAUGGGAUAUGACACUACUGAUGACCAAAUUUGGAAGAAUUUUGCGUUAAAUGAACCGACGACGUCAAAAGUGCAGCCUCUUUGCAGGUUAAUGCACCGUUAACCGAGAAGACCUGGGGACGAGGUUGUGAAAACAAAAAUGGCGGACAUUUCACUCGUUUCAAGAGUAAGAACUAGGCGAAAUAAUGGCUAAAAACAUCACACGAACAGCAAGAAGACAACUCGAAGGGCGACAUCUAGCCUGCUAUUUGGAGAAUAUUUGCGGAGCUAAACAACCCUAAACGUGCACUAUCGAAGAUGAACUUAACAUCGAUCUGAUCGGUGAAAGUAAGCACGUUUAGCUAUGUUUUUAAACUAGGAGUUAUUUUGAAUGAAUAAUAAAACAAUAUUGAAUUCGGCUAUCGUAUCAUAUAAAGAAUUAUUGAGAUCUCGGAGGGUGUUAUCCGCCUCGGCCUACGGCCUCGACGGAUAAACUCAGCCUCAUUCGUUAAUUGUUAAAUAUUCAUGGCCAUAUUUACGUGUGAGAAUGAUUUGGCGAAAGAAAACACUUUGCUUUGAAAGAUCCUGUUGUACAAAGUUGUAAAGAAUGACUGAUAUCAGGUUUUUUUCUUUUUGUUUUGUUUGUUUUUGUUUUUGUUUGUUUUUCUGUUUGUUUGUUUUUUGUUUUGUUUUUGUUUUUUGCAAACUUAACCCUCGAGGAAAGCUUAAUAGGGCUUUUGCAUUAGUUGAUCACGUGAUCAAUUUUCGGUAAGAUUUUGAAACAUUUUGUUAUCCCGAGCUGAAAGAGCAUUGUAAAAUUAUGUAACCUGUAUGUUGUCAAGUAAUUAUGUAAAUAUUGCGAUGGCCGCCGAAAUAAGGAAAAGAGCAACAGUUUAACAAUUUCAGAAUUUGCAAGGACUUGUAUGGAAAACCACUCAAGCGUGACUGGGUGGCAAGAGUUGUUUUUCCCAUACAAAUAACUUCUAAUUUCCGGUGGCCGUUGCAAUCGCUACUUUUGAUCGAGAUAUACGGCUAAAAAUUUACAGUUUACCUAAUUUUAAUAUGCUCUUUCAGCUCGUGCUAAUAUAACUUUUGCAAAGCGAACUGUUUUCGUGUUUACCAAAAGUUGAGCACGCGACCAGCUAAUACAAAAGACCAUUCUGGACCUCAGAAUUGCAAGAGCAGCGUUUCUACACUAGACUAAUAGCUGCCUUUGCAACCCUCUUGUUGUUUAGCUGCUCUUGUGUCCCUACCUUUAAAAAAAUAUAAAGUGACUUUCACACUACCGACUCCCCUUUUCGGCUUCAAAUUUACCUAAUCUGUAAUCUAUGAAUGAAAAGCGCGGUAGAUAAUGGACUGCUGUGUUUCUUAUCUUUGUAAAUAACCUUUUAGGUACGACGAGGUUUGCGACUAUAAUUUCGCUACUGGAACGUCUGCAGGUGUUACGGGUCACUUCACUCAAGUAGUGUGGAAAGGAAGCACCAAGCUAGGCAUUGGGAGAGCUGAAUAUACCGACGGAUCAAAAAAAUGUGCUUACAUAGUUGGAAGGUACAAGCUACAGGGAAACAUGGGUGGUCAGUACAAAAGCAACGUAGAAAAGGGAAGUUUGGACCCAAGAUAUUGCAUUGCAGUUAAAGCAAAGAAGGCAAAGGCAUUUGACAAAAAUGGCAGAGCAGUGUACGUGAGUGCCCCGUCUGGGACAAUUGACGUCUCGGGCGUGGAAACUGCCAGUUUACCAGAUGCUCCUCCAAAGACAAGCAUCCUUAAAAUACAGAUUUUGAACAAAAAGAAGAAGAAAAACUUCGUUGGUUCCAGCAUCAUUAAUGAUAAGUAA